GCUGCUAAUGAUCACUGGUGGGGAUGGAGGGGGGAUAGCCAUGUAGAUAUAUCUACAUAUCUUUUUUCCUUUUUAUGUUGUUUUUCAUUUUUUUUGGCACCUCUUUGCGGAAUAAUGAUCAAACAUUGUUGAUGGAACUGACCGGCUUGGUGAGGAAACAAAAAGCAAUUCAGAGAGUGCGCUGCAUUCAUCAGCUGACAGCGGCUUAAAACUGGGGGAAAUUAUUCUAUUUUGCAGUUGCCCUGUGCUGGGGGCGAGCAGCUGCUACGCACACUCAUCAACGUCACUGACACUGCCAUGCCUCAAUCAGGAGUUCCCCAGCACACUUAGUUCUCUCUACUACCUCAUCACCCAGGCCCUCUGACGCCUUCAUGACUCCAGGCCGCCUGGUUAACAACCACCCUGUCCGCUUCUACUCCUGUUGGAAAUAUCCAGACACAUCCUUUGCAAAGGGUUACCUUUGCACUUGAUGCAUGGAUCCUGAAAGAACCGGGGGCAAAGGAAUGAGGAGGAACAUGUUCCUCUGGUGGAUUUCACUACUUUUCUCCCACGGAUCCGUAUUUCACAACGUUCGAGGGGAACUUCCUUUUAUGUCAAGCAACAAUGCAGCCAUGCUGGUGAACUGGAAUGCUGUAGACGGAAACAAGAAGCUGAUCGCCAUCUACGACACCCGCGUCAAUGAACCGGGCAACAUGUCUUUUGUGAAGGAGACGGUGGAUAAACUACUUAAAGGAUACGACAUCCGACUGAGGCCGGACUUUGGAGGGCCCCCUGUUGCGGUUGGCAUGAGCAUAGACGUGGCCAGCAUAGACAUGGUGUCAGAAGUCAACAUGGACUACACAUUGACCAUGUAUUUCCAGCAGUAUUGGAGGGACAAGCGCCUGGCUUACGUAGGAAUCCCUCUCAACCUGACACUGGACAACAGGGUUGCUGACCAGCUCUGGGUCCCUGACACCUACUUCCUCAAUGACAAGAAGUCUUUCGUCCAUGGAGUCACAGUCAAAAACCGCAUGAUUCGCCUGCAUCCAGAUGGAACUGUUCUCUAUGGACUCAGGAUAACUACAACAGCAGCAUGUAUGAUGGACCUCAGGAGGUAUCCUCUGGAUGAGCAGAACUGCACUCUGGAGAUAGAAAGCUAUGGCUACACCACAGAUGACAUCCAGUUCUACUGGAAGGGAGACGAGUCGGCCGUAACGGGGGUGACGCGGAUCGAGCUCCCUCAGUUCUCCAUUGUCGAUUACAAGCUGGUGUCCAAGAACGUAGUCUUUUCCACAGGUGCCUACCCUCGACUGUCUCUGAGCUUCAAGCUGAAGAGGAACAUCGGCUACUUUAUUUUGCAGACGUACAUGCCAUCAAUCCUGAUUACCAUCCUCUCCUGGGUGUCCUUCUGGAUAAACUAUGAUGCGUCAGCAGCCAGAGUAGCUCUAGGGAUCACAACUGUGCUUACCAUGACCACAAUCAACACCCAUUUGAGGGAGACACUGCCCAAGAUCCCCUACGUUAAGGCUAUCGACAUGUACCUGAUGGGCUGCUUCGUCAUGGUGUUUCUGGCCCUGCUCGAGUACGCCUUCGUCAACUACAUCUUUUUCGGGAGGGGCCCACAGAUGCAAAAGAAGCUGGCAGAGAAGGCAGAGAAGGCCAACAAUGAGAAGGCGGCUAAGUACGACGCGGCGAGGGAGGCAGGUAGUAGGACCGCUUCCCUAAAACGGUCCAAUCAGGUUAAAGGUCUUCGCCACUCACGCUCGGCGGAACCACAUGGUCAUGGGAACAUCCUACUGACCACCUUGGAGAUCCAUAAUGAAGUGGCAGGAGGUGAGAUCACCACCAGCGUGGCGGACAUUAGGAACUCUCAGUCCAUGGUGCAGCUGGACAGCACUGCCUCAACGCACAUCCAGUACCGCAAGCAGAGUGGCGGGAUUGGGCCACGCUCCACUAGCCGCCACUCCCUGGACCGCUCCGCCCAGAUGAAACGCAGCCGCCUGCGGAGGCGGUCCUCGCAGUUAAAAAUCAAAAUCCCAGACCUGACGGAUGUAAAUGCCAUUGACCGCUGGUCACGGAUCAUCUUCCCUUCCGUGUUCUCACUGUUCAACCUCAUCUACUGGCUCUACUAUGUCUGAUUGGACUGUUUCGUUGACGUGUUUUGUUUUUGCUGUUUUGUUUUUUUUUUUUUACUUUUUUUCAUUUCAUUUGUUUUUCUUCCAUUUCUCUGUUGCUUUUAUACAUGAUGGAAUCUGCCGCGUUGAAGACUGCAACAUAAUAAGACAAAAGAGAAAAAGAGACUGAGAAAGACUACUGAGUUUUGGACCAAGUUCUCAUUUAAGUUGUUUUUAUAUUCACAGUCUUUGAACCCUUAGUACCGAGGUCUUUUAAUUUUUGAAAGUAUGUACUGUAAUUGGGAUCUGUGACAGUCAUUUCCCAACAUAUUUGCCCUCUCAGUAAUGUGUAAAUAGCAAGAUACAAAGCCAGCAAUUGAAUAAAUAUUAUCAGUAUUUGCAAAAAAGAAACAAGAACCAGUUAAGGCAAAGAUUUUUCUAAUCAAAAAAAGGAAGAAAUCUUUAUACUACACAGGUGAUCAGAUAAGUGCAGGCAACUCCCAGAAAUCCAUUACCCUAUGCACUAUUAAUGCAUGUAAUGAUCAGCCGUAGUAGAGAAAUAAUGAGUACUUUUUUGCCUUGGGUAAUAGCACAACUUCACAGCAACAAACCAAUGUGUGUUUGUUUAUAGCAUUAAUAAUAUACUUCCUACUAACUACAAUUUAUCAUGCAUUAAACUGGUAGACUUUUACCCAAAUACAAUAACUUUAAACUAUUAACAUCCACCAGGUCACUGGCAGCCCAUUUGGGGUAUGGUUAGGGUAGCGUCUAUCCCUUUUUAAAGACUUUUUCACCUGCUUGGAACAUCCAGAAAAACUGUACAGCCAAAAUGAAUGUAUAAGAGUUCAUUUGAAAGGUAAAAUGUAGUUUCUGAAAAUUUGCCUCCUUCCUCUGUUACCUAAACAAAACCCUAAUACCGAUCUUAGACUGGUCGCCAAUGACCACUUGGAUGUUAAGGGUUUAAGGCGGAGGAUUUUGUCCUCCGUUCAGAAUGAUUAUGACUCAGGUUCUGAAUUUUUGGGGCGUCUUUUUCUUAAAAAAACAAAAACAAAAAAAUGACUUGCAGAAAUAAUCUUUUUGGUCAUUUGAUAAAGGGGGGGGCGGAGAGAAAAAAUAAGCACAACUAUGACAACUGCCAUUUCUUUCCUCUUCUACCUUCAACCAACAACGCUUCAAGUGAUAGCAUGACAGAAUUGCACUUAAAUUUCUCAAACAUUCUCGAAAAACUGUUUAAGACAACUGCCAAGGGCCUUUUGGGCGAUACAGUUACUACUUAUCUCAUGAAAUAUUAUGAUAUUUUUGUACUGUGUGUCUUCAGGUCUUCAUUUGAGUUCCUAACCUGUUCUUGUUUUCUUUUUGUUCCAUCUUUGUUGUGGUAAUAGAAUGGAAGACCCAUUGUUUUUGUACAUAAAUACAUAGGUGUGUAUAUACAUAAAUGUAUAUAUAUAUAUAUGUAUAUAUACAUGUAUAUAUAUAUAUAUCUAUAAUUAUAGGGGGCGUGAUCAAAAAGUUCCAGGGAUGGGCCUCUAUAAAGCUAAACUCUUACCCACUUUAAAUUUGGGUCAGCAGACCAAAGUUCAAGGUUAUUUUCUCAUGUACCUCUGUACUGUUUUCAGUGCUUCUGAUACUUUUAGGUCACUUAAUAGACUUUUUGUGUUUUUUGUAUUGCUCCCAGGUUCUACUGAAGUGUCUCAAAAUUCCAGAUUGAUUUUAUUGUUCACAAAGUGGAUGAAGCAAAUCUGGCAAAUAGGACAGUUGACUAGCAAAGACUGUGUUGACAUUUCGAUAAAAAGUCUGCGUUGACCGUUGAGUGCGAAUAAAAAGUAUGGAAUACUCCUGCUGUCCUUCCUCACCUGACAUGCUACAUUGGAAGUUGGAAAUUGGAUUAUUCUACUGAAAACUACUCAGUAUUAACCAAUGACCCAACUCUUGUCACCAGUGAUGACAAUUCCAGUACUUUCUCAGCAAUUGAUGUCUCCAUGUGUUGCCUAAUCAACAAAUCUAUUAGGCAUGUGAGAGGACAGUAUGUCACCAAAUCUAUAAGCCAACAAUCAAAAACUCUCCCUUCAUCAGCAACUCUGAAUGGGGCUAAUUUCUUUAUAACUCACACACCUCCAUAAUUGAGUGUGAGGGUCACAGCUGGGUGGUCACAUUGAUUGACAGGUCUCUCGAUUGGACUCUGUGAGGCCUUAUCCACUACUUCCAGUCACUGGACUGGACGUCUUCACUGUGAGUGUCUUCAUGGUGCCUUUUUUGGGGCAUUUUUGAUGUUUUAUCUAAUUAAGUUUAUGGUUUGCUGUGAUGUACAGACCAUGCAAGUUGUUUGACUCAUAUCAUUUAUGUAUGGCGCUUGCUAACCAAGGUAGCUAGCAUUAGCUGCUAACUUAGAACUCCACCCUUUCAUCCAUUAACUUCUGGCUUCAGAAACAAACAUAGCAGCAGCUAAAACACUAACACUGAAGCUUCCAAAUGUGGAGUCCAUAACCAAUGGAUGAUUUCAUUAUUACCCAUUGUUGUAUGUUUUAUUCUGUCUAUGUGUAUGUGGCCUGUGAAAAUGACCUUGAACAGGAUAAGAACCAAAUUAAAGUCUGGUAUGGGUUUUGCUUUUUGGGCCUGUUCCCAGAACCUUUUGUUCACAUUUCAUAUAUUGUGUGUACAACCCAAAAAUGAAAAUGAUCUUUUUGUGAUUGUCAUGCUGGCUAUUAACGAAUAAUUUAGUGUGGAAAAAAAAAAAAGAUGAGGAUUAAACUAACUGCUCCAUUUCAAACAUCAGUUAAGUUUUGAGCAUUUGUGGGGCACUCUGAAGACAUUCCUACUCAAACAGCCAACGAUAAAGUUCCACUCAAGACGCUGCAUGUAUGCUCAGCUGUGCAUGCGGCAGGCAGCGCGAUGCAAUUGGAUUUCAUAGAGCCCGAAGAUGGACCAAGAUAACCGAUCUGCCAUGUAAUCAAAAGCACAUACAAGUAUUGAAUGUAUCAGAUCCAUUCUUCAGGGAGAGGAUAAUGAGCCAUGGUCAUCAUUUCUCCAUCAGAAUGUAACACACCCAUUCUUACAUUGCAAGGGAAAAAAAAAAUAGAGUGAGAAAGUAAAAAGAUGGUGCUUUACUAGUGUGUGCAUGUGCAUGUGUGUGAUGGAAAGUGGAUAUGGAGCCGCUGAAAGAGGAAUGGCAUCGGUAGAUCAUUUAUUUUCUUUGCUGCUUGCUCAACUAUGGACAAAUGUCAACAUAUAAUGGUUUUCUGGAUUAAAAAUAGCUCUUCUGUCUGACUCUUUUGACAAACUGUGUGCCAUUCCACCUAAGGUCGCAGAGCAAUCAGCCAGUUAGAACUUGAUGAUGUACAUUUGAAGCAUUCUUGAUCAAUCGCAGACACAUGGAACACAUCCAUUGUAUGUGCAUGUACAAGAACACAUGUAGAGAAAAAAAUGCUACUUGAUAACAGUGAGUUUGGUGACAGAGUUGCGAUCAGUGAAAAACUGUAAAGUUUUCUGUGUACAGGCUGACAUAUGACAUAUGACUAAGAACUGAAUGUAUUGUACUUGGAUUGUUUCUGCACAAUUGCAGUUUGCUUACUGGAACAAAAAAAAUGGAUUGACCUCAGUCCUAAUUAAUAUAGAGCUCUUGUGACCCCAAGUCACAUUUUCUACUGUGUGGACAGGUCUCAGUGCAAGGAAAAAAAAAGCGCCAGUGGCAGUUGAAGUAAUAUCUUUAUCAAUAAAAGGUCCGAAUAUGUUGCAUAAGUGUGCAAUAAAGUGAAGGAAACUGUAUGCUUGUAUGUAAGUUAGCUAGCAUCUACCCCUGAACAGAGGUGAUUUGGCAGAGCCAUUCUGCUUCCCAUUAAUCCCAUUAUACAAAAAUUGUUUGCAAUUCAGCUGGAAGCGCAGCAGAGGGUCUGUGUUAGAUAGUACUCAAUGAAUAGGAAUUAUUAGAGCUAAAUGGUUAAAAUAGUUACAUGCAUCUGCUUCAAGACAAAUGAGCCCACAUAUUUAUUUAUUUAUAUAUAUAUAUAUAUAUAUAUUUUUUUUUUUUGUUUGUUUGUUUUUCUUGCAAAUACAGUACCUGUAAUAUCUGAAUAUUUACUGACACAUAUUUCUAUUUCUACCUAUUUUUGCUCAGAAAAUGCUGGCAUUUUGCUAAUAUGUGCCAAUCGAUUGUUUAAGGAUUUAUGACAUGACACACUCCGUCGAUAGAACUGCAUACCUGGUUGUUGUGGUCAAGUGGCUGCUACUAGAAAUCAAAAUCAUGUAUGCCAUAAAUUGGCUCAUGAAGCUGUGGCAUCCUGAAUCCUCACAGGAAGAGGUAUUUUACUGCAACUGAAAUCUGUGAAAAAUUGAAGUAUUAUCUAUUGUCAUAAGCCUUUCAAUCAAAAAUGUGUUGAAAAUUGGCAGAUGAAACUGACAAUUUUUGGAUCCUAUUCAUUCUGGACAAGAGCACCCCUGAUGAUAAUGGAAGUCCAGCUAGUCGGAGUUUGAUUAUAUUAGAAGCUCUCUGGUAACCCUGUGAAGUAGGACUGUAAAGCCCUGGCUCCUCUGGUGAUGGACAUGCCUUUCCAUCAACUUGCAAGACAAAAUCUUUCCAAAAAACUUUAUGAAUGGUGUGUUCACGCCUAGCAUUACUAGCACAAAUGGAAAAUACCAAAAUAUUUUUGGAAACCCACAAAUAUUUGGCCAUAACAGUAAACAGAACUUUCCAGAAAGAGAAUAGUGACUUUGCUCACCAUCCUCAAAAGCGCCCCCAUCUUUACCGUUGUUGAGUCAUUCUGCUCUUCCCACAAACAGAGACAAUAAGCUUGUCCUUAAUUUCUGAUUAUCGGUGGCAUCAGUAGAAUCCAGAAUCUCAGCUUUUGCACCAAGUGAAUGAAUCAAGUGAAUUUUACAGCAACGUGGAAACAUUUUCAUUUCACUCGAACACAAAUUUGGCUCUUUUCACUUCCUGAAAUUUGCAUCCUCACAUACACUUUGUAUGAAAUCGCACCACACGAAAAUGUUGCUUUUGCAUUUGGUGUGAACACACCAUAAAACUAGCCUAAACACACUGUGUGUGUGUGUGUGUGUGUCUGAAAACACAGUAAAAGAAAAUGCCUUGACUUUGGUCUUGGUCACAAAGCAUUGGUUGGGGAUCUCUUGCCUUGAUGCAAAAAAAGUCAUGGAACCGGUCUGUCCAAAGAUGAUUCAAACUGCUUUGUGUAGUUUGGAGGACAAUAUUUAUACCAAUGUAAUGUUGAUGAAUCUUCAGUGUGGUGUAAAUACGACUUAACACAGAAGCUAAAGGGAAAAAAACAAAAGAAAAGAAAAAAACUUUUACAACACAAGUCUCAAAAAGAUCUCCUGGCUAACUGGUUUGCUUUGAAUUGCGUUCGGAUCGCGUGCUGACAAUAACAGCUGGUCAUUGUAUGAGUCGUUUUUCUUAAAUUCCUGAACUACAAAGUGCAGUUUAACAGUAAAAGAAGGCAAGUGUUAUAAUUCUAGAUACUUGUUUAUCAUGCAUGCAACUUCAAUUCAUAACUUCAGAGAAUUUAAAAAAAAAAAAAAAAAAAAGAUUUCUCGCAAACUCAUUUAUAAGAGCUGCCAGCUGCUCAUUUUAGAGAUGACACUAUGCCAUGUGACCCUACAUUAAAAAAAAAAAAAAAAAAAAAGGAAUAAAAUAAGUCAUUGAAUACUUCAGGUGUUGUAUGGCCUUGGUCCCAUAAUGGAAUGUGAAAUGUUCUGUGCUGCCACAAAAUGUAUUUAGGCUUAGAUUUAUACUGUAUAUCUCUGUAUGUUUCUCUUCCUUUUUCAGUAGAUUUCCAUGUUAAACCAUGAAAUAAAUGAUGUACAUUGUACCUGUGUA